ACGGGAUCGUGGUUGCGUAUUCUCCAACAAGCGCGGCGCGGAAUGGGCGUGAAUCCAGUUGAUCACAACCUGUUCGAUGAAUUUCCCGAAUCAAACUCUCAUAGCCGCGCCGCAGCCCUCUUUAGCGGACCCGAUUUCCCCACCUCUUACUUGGACGCCGCGAGCGUUGGUUCCGCCGUUGAAUUCCGAUUCUUGGGUUUUUAACUGCUCUAUUGGUGGGGGUUUUGCUGUCGCUGUUGCUUUCUUACUGUGCGGACGACCGGUGAUCACGCCUCUGCUCACUACGUUUUUUGAGACCUAGAACAUCCAUGGGAAGCUUGAAUUCGAAAAAUGUAGACUACUGGUGUGUGGAGUAGUUACCAGUCUGAGGUUCUGAGCCAUUGCUGGUGCAGUUGCUUUUCUCGAGCAUGAUUUAAAGAUCAGGAUUCAGAGAACAUCACUGCUGAAACAGCUGCCUGGAUCUAUACCCUUUCCGUUUGGCGACCGCAAUGGCAGAG